AGUCUGUUCGGUUGAAUACAAAAAUAUAUCUGUUUUUAAUUAAACAUAUAAUAGACAUAGACAGUAACAAUCUAAACUACCUCACUAAUAAAAAUGCAACCAGUGAGGAUUAUGGCUGUUAAUUCGUCCUCCUUCUAGAAGGGGUGGAAAUUUGCAGUUCUGGCAGGCAGCUAGAGCCAAUGCGACCUUUACAAGCAAAGAGUUAGGAGUUUAUGUAGGCGGAGUGGUGUAUGAUUGACAAGCCUACUGAGUAGCAACAUCUUGCAAAAAAAAGCUCAAUUUCCCUGACACUUUGGGUGAUCGUUCAAGGAUUCAGCUGAAAGGAAGGCAAAAGAAAAAGGAUGAGCAACGAUUGUGAUGUGAUUGUCAUCGGUGGAGGCAUCUCAGGCCUUUCAGCUGCUAAACUGCUGGUGGAAUCAGGGUUAAAGGUUAUGGUGUUGGAAGCUCGUGAUCGGGUUGGAGGAAGAACUCACACUAUAAGAAACAAGGAAGUGCAGUAUGUGGAUGUUGGCGGUGCGUAUGUUGGACCAACGCAAAAUCGUAUUCUACGUGUUGCCCAAAAUUUGGGUGUCAAAACAUACAAAGUGAAUGUUGCUCAACAUGUUAUCUACUAUACAAAGGGAAAGACAUAUCCAUUCCAGGGAUCUUUUCCACCAGCAUGGAACCCUUUUGUUAUUUUAGAUUAUAAUAAUCUGUGGAGGACAAUUGAUGAAUGGGGAAAAGAGAUUCCAGUGGAUGCACCAUGGAAGGCUCCUCAUGCUGUUGAAUGGGAUAAAAUGUCAAUGAAUGAGUUCAUAGACAAAGUUUGUUGGACAAAACCAGCAAAAAGGUUUGCUCAGCUUUUUGUUAAUGUGAAUGUGACUUCUGAGCCACAGCAGGUUUCUGCUUUGUGGUUUCUGUGGUAUACAAAGCUCUGUGGGGGAACUUCACGGAUGUUUUCAGUUACCAAUGGAGGACAGGAAAGGAAAUUUGUUGGAGGUGCUGGGCAAAUCAGUGAGAAACUGAUGGAAAUAUUAGAAGACCGGGUGAAGUUACAAAGACCAGUAGUCAGGAUUGAUCAGUCAGGCGACAGUGUUGUUGUGGAGACCCUAAACCAUGAAAUCUAUAAGGGCAAGUUUAUAAUCAGUGCCAUACCACCAGCCCUUACUACAAAGAUCCAUUUUAACCCUGAGCUUCCAGCAAUACGAAACCAGUUAAUCCAACGUCUUCCAAUGGGGUCAGUUAUCAAAUGCAUGAUGUACUACAAAGAAGCUUUCUGGAAGAAAAAGAAUUACUGUGGAGCAAUGUUCAUUGUAGACGACAACUCUCCAAUUGAAGUUACUUUAGAUGACACCAAACCUGAUGGCUCUGUUCCUGCAAUCAUGGGAUUUAUUUUGGCCCGAAAAACAUCUGUUUUAACACAUCUAAGCAAGGAAGAGAGGAAGAAAAGAAUAUGUGAAUACUAUGCCAAAGCCUUGGAAUCAGAAGAAGCAUUACAUCCAGUGCACUAUGAGGAGAAAAACUGGUGUGAAGAACAGUACUCUGGAGGCUGCUAUACAGCCUGUUUCCCACCUGGAGUUAUGACCCAGUACGGAAGUGUUAUCCGGCAGCCUGUUGGAAAGAUUUACUUUGCUGGAACAGAAACUGCUACACAAUGGAGUGGAUACAUGGAGGGAGCUGUACAGGCUGGAGAGAGAGCAGCCAGAGAGAUAAUGUGCACAAUGGGACUGAUCUCAGAAAAUGAAAUAUGGCUGCCUGAGCCCGAAUCAUUGGAUGUUCCAGCCCUGCCAUUUACUUCAACAUUUUGGGAACGCAAUUUACCAUCUUCUCAAGGAUUAUUACGAUUUCUCUGCUAUUCUGCUUUCUUUGCUUCAGCAUCUGCACUUGGGAUUUAUGCAUACAAGAAGGGAUUCAUCACCAAAAUCUGAUCUACUUGCCGAAUCCUUGCAAUCCUUCAAAUCAAAUUUUUAUACAAAAUGGAAAAAACAGAGAUCACAUUCUCUCGGAUAUUAUUUUUGAUAAUGUUAAUUUGUGAAAUGCCUGCUUUAGUUAAAGGGACACACAAUGUAAAAUAGUAGAUAGAAAGUUUACUUCCAGGGGCACUGAACCCCCUAAAGGAAGCCUUUCUUUUCAUUCAUUUUCUGCUAGUCUGCUUUACCACCCACACAAUGGGCUACACAGAGGGUACAUCCACUGCUUUUCAUACAGUCCAGGUCUACAAGCUGUAUGCAAGGCAGCUGGUCAAUGCUUUGUGUAGCCAAGGGGUAGGCAGUACAGCAAAUGAUUGGCUGUAAGUCCUUUCAGUGAAAAAAAAUGAAAAGAAAAACAAAAAGCUUUCUGUGGGGGGCUGCUAGCGCAGACUAGCACAGAAGACCCAGCGCAGUGCAAAUAUAGCCCUUUGGAGCCGGUUCAAACCGGAUUUAUGAAUCCUUUGAUGAACUCAUAAGUUUAAAGGGAAAGUGUACUGUAAAAUUGGUUUACCCUUAAUGUGCUUUCAAUGACUUGUUAUAUUUUCAGAUAUUAAAUAGUUGUUUCUGUUAAUUGAAGCUGCAAACCCAAUGAAAUGGACUGAGCUUGCAAGGAGAGCAUACUUAAAUAGUGUAUCUCUCAAUAUCUACUCAAAAUCCUUGUUAUCUUAAUAUACACAGUGAGACCAAUUAUUUGAGAGAACAAUGGAAAAUUAAAAUUUUAGUUCUUAUCUGUGCAACCCUCAUUGGGAGUCUGAUUUUAGACAACUUGUAACUACAAAAUAUUUCUGCUGUGUUGCUAUACAAUAACAUCAGCACAGUUUUAAUAUUUUUAAAACAAAUUAACAUUUCAUGCUCCAUCUAAACCAUGAUUUAAUAUUGACUGUAAUGUCCCUUUAUAUAAAACAAUGUAAACAUUACCUUUGCAGGAUAGUGGACAAUCUAACAUUGUGUGAUGUUGAAGCACAUCUUGUACCUCCUAUUAUAAUGUCUAUGCAAAUAUAAUAAUGUAUUUUUAUUAACUUUUAUUUUUAAAAUACUGUUAUAUCCUUUA